GCGAUGCGCGCGUUGAGCUCGAGGAGAGUCAAGGCGUCAAAACGCACCAGGACUUGGAGGAGGAGAGCUUCCUAUUGGGGGGGAAAAAAAGAAUUAUAUACCUCUUAAAAAUAAUCUAUAUACURAUAACUAAGAUGGAAAGAAUCCUGAGAGCGGAGAGAGGAUGAUGAUGGGGGCUUCAGAGGAAGGUCAUUCCCAGAAACCAGAAGCUUUGUUCUGACGCGGAUAUUUGGAGUACACAGGCUGCAAGUGAAGACAUUUGUCCCUGCUUUUUAUACCCGGCACGGCAUGGAAGGAUUCGGACCUGGACAAAGCAGCACUGGAUAGAGGACCUGACAAGCACAGAGAGAACUGUGAGUAAGGACCCCUAAAGYAGAGAGGACCUGGGCUACUGUGGCUGUUUUUCAUCGUUUAUAAGCUGGUGGGCUCCACUCUCACAGCUGAUGACUGUCCCUCCGGAGGCUGGAGAACUGGGCUUAGCGGCAAGCCCGUGUGUUUGCUGAAGGGCACUUCCCGGCUUGUAUGUUGGUCACCUGCGCUCGCUCUCACUCCAAGGGAUCAUGUGGUUUUUUCAGAGGAGAAAUCAUUUGCCCUUUCAGAACUGGCACAAUGUCCACAAACGCACCAGCRUCUGUGUGUCUUUGUGGGUCCUGAGCUUCAGUUGGUGCUUCGCAGCUGUGCAAGGCCAGAACUACCACCCCAGUGUGAACACGCAGUACGGGAAACUCCGAGGGGUGAGGGUACCCCUGCCCAGCGAGAUCCUGGGACCGGUUGACCAGUAUCUCGGGGUCCCGUACGCGGCUCCCCCCGUGGGGGAGAAGCGCUUCAUGCCCCCGGAGCCUCCUUCUUCCUGGUCUGGGAUCAAGAACGCCACCCACUUUGCUCCCGUCUGCCCCCAAAAUAUUCACAACGCUGUGCCAGAGAUCAUGAUGCCAAUAUGGUUCACCUUUAAUCUGGAUAUAGUUACCACAUACAUACAGGAUCAACAUGAAGACUGUCUUUACCUAAACAUCUAUGUCCCGACAGAAGAUGGGGCCCAUGCAAAAAAACACGGCGAGGAUUUAUCGGAGAAUGACGGUGAUGAAGACGAAGACAUACGAGACACCGGGGCCAAGCCCGUGAUGGUCUACAUCCACGGAGGGUCCUACAUGGAGGGGACGGGCAACAUGAUCGACGGGAGCGUCCUAGCCAGCUACGGGAACGUCAUUGUUAUCACGCUCAACUAUCGCGUCGGAGUCCUCGGCUUUCUUAGUACAGGUGACCAGGCUGCUAAAGGGAACUAUGGGCUCUUGGACCAGAUCCAGGCAUUAAGGUGGAUUAGUGAGAACAUCGGCUUCUUUGGAGGAGAUUCCAACCGUAUCACAGUCUUUGGUUCUGGAAUUGGAGCUUCCUGUGUCAGUCUACUCACCCUCUCCCACCACUCUGAAGGUCUGUUCCACAGAGCAAUCAUUCAGAGUGGGUCAGCCCUCUCCAGCUGGGCGGUCAACUACCAGCCGGUCAAGUACACGCGUCUCCUGGCYGAAAAGGUGGGCUGCAAUGUCCUGGACACGUCGGACAUGGUGGACUGUCUACGAAAGAARAGCUCCAGGGAGCUGGUGGAGCAAGACAUCCAGCCUGCGAGGUACCACGUAGCCUUCGGGCCUGUGAUUGACGGUGAUGUUAUUCCCGAUGACCCCGAGAUCCUGAUGGAGCAGGGCGAGUUCCUCAACUACGACAUCAUGCUGGGGGUCAACCAAGGCGAAGGGCUGCGAUUCGUGGAGAACGUGGUGGAUUCUGAAGACGGCGUGUCUGGAAACGAUUUUGAUUUCUCCGUGUCGGAUUUCGUGGACAGCCUAUAUGGAUACCCUGAGGGAAAGGACACGCUUCGGGAAACCAUAAAGUUCAUGUAUACAGACUGGGCAGACAGAGACAACCCAGAGACCAGACGGAAGACCCUGGUGGCUCUGUUCACCGACCACCAGUGGGUUGAGCCAUCGGUGGUGACGGCUGAUCUUCACGCUCGUUAUGGCUCACCCACCUACUUCUACGCCUUCUACCACCACUGCCAGAGCCUCAUGAAGCCUGCAUGGUCAGACGCRGCCCACGGGGACGAAGUGCCCUAUGUCUUUGGAAUUCCUAUGAUUGGUCCCACUGACCUUUUCCCAUGCAACUUCUCCAAAAAUGAUGUCAUGCUAAGUGCUGUGGUCAUGACCUACUGGACAAACUUUGCUAAAACUGGGGAUCCCAACAAACCAGUUCCCCAGGACACCAAGUUCAUCCACACCAAGGCCAACCGCUUCGAGGAGGUGGCCUGGUCCAAGUACAACCCCCAGGACCAGCUGUAUCUGCACAUCGGCCUAAAGCCGCGCGUGCGAGACCACUACCGGGCCACCAAAGUGGCUUUCUGGAAACACUUAGUGCCCCACCUGUACAACCUUAACGAGAUCUUUCACUACACCUCCACCACCACCAAAGUGCCACCGCCAGAGACUACGCAGAACAGCUUGUCCACCAAGAGGCCCACCGGGAAGAGCUGGCCCUUCAACACCAAGCGGCCCCCCAUGUCUCCGGCCUACAACAACGAGGAUAAGGACACGUGGAGUGACGAAGACGAGUCCGGGCCUCUUGUCGUGGAGAACCCGCGGGAUUAUUCCACGGAGCUCAGUGUCACCAUCGCAGUGGGGGCCUCGCUGCUCUUCCUCAACGUGCUGGCUUUCGCUGCGCUCUACUACCGCAAGGACAAGCGGCGGCAGGACUCGGGCCACGGGCAGCCCAGCCCGCAGCGGCAGACCACCGCCAACGACAUCGGCCACCACGCGCCCGAGGAGGAGAUCAUGUCRCUGCAGAUGAACCAGACACACCACGAGUGCGAGGCGGGGAACAGCAACGAGGGGGCGCUGCGCCUGGCCUCGCUGCCCGACUACACGCUCACACUGCGCCGCUCCCCGGACGACAUCCCCCUCAUGACCCCCAACACCAUCACCAUGAUCCCCAACUCCCUGGUGGGCAUGCCCAACCUCCACCCGUACAACACCUUCACGACCGGCUUCAACUCCACUGGCCUGCCGCACUCCCACUCAACCACCCGCGUAUAGCUUUAAGGA